GGACUGUUGGCGUCACAGAGGACAGAGAGGGAACGAUUGGUAAUGUACUCUCUAGUUUAACUGAAUGAGGGAGGUAUGCUAUGGCGGUGUCUCAGAGUAGUGUUAGUACUUGGAGCAGUAAGCAGGUGUCUGGCUGGCUGAAGCAGGAGGGGUUUGGGCAGUAUGUGGAGCUGCUGUGUUCUAAACACCGUGUGGAUGGCCUCAGCCUGCUGACUCUAGGGGAGGCUGACCUGCGUGAACCCCCUCUGGGCCUCACUGUGCUGGGGGACAUCAAGAGGCUGGCCCUGGCCCUGCGGAGGCUCCAAAGACAGAACCAAGAUCAGCUGGAGGAGAUGGGAAUAGGGUUAAUGGAGAUAGGGUUAGGGGGAUUAGGGGCUGCUGCUGGGAGGGACAGGGCCUGUCACGGGGAUGACUGGGGGGAUCACAGGGCCGACAGGUGGUGUAACGGAGGGGAACAUGUGUGUAACAGGGCAGCGCGUCGUCAGAUGGACUGUGGGGUCUCAGGGUCAUGGUUGGGGUCGCGACCCCGGUCAGGGACAGAGUUAGAAGAAGACCAGUGCCACAUUCACUCCACUGGGGACAGGAAGUGCGUUCUAGGGCGUCUGGACCCGGAGCUGUGGAAGACAGUAGUCAGCUCUGUUUACGUCAUGCUGGUCUUCGGAUUUACCUCCUUCGUCAUGGUGAUCGUCCACAACCGCGUUCCCGAUAUGACAACUUACCCCCCACUGCCCGACAUCUUCCUGGACAGUGUACCCAGAAUCCCUUGGGCAUUUGCGAUGGCAGAGGCUUGUGGUCUAAUCCUAGUUUACAUCUUCCUGUUGGUGCUACUACUACACAAACACAG